AUGAUCCGUAUAAUUCUUCUUCUCCUUGUCGCCUUGGCUCUCGUCCAUCUCACCGUUCAAUUCACUUUGGAGAAAAGAGGUGCCGCCUGGUUCCUUCGUCCAAAUUGGAAGCCACCAACGAAACGAUUCUUUUAUCCAGAUGGAACUCGAAUCGCUGCCAUCGCUCCAAACGAUUUCGAUCAAUACAUAAUUUAUUGA